AUGAGUAGCAUAAAUAAACAAGCAGAAAAAAGUGGAAUAUAUAAAAUUAAACGUAAAACACAAGAAAUUACCAUAACUGAGAACGAUUUAAAUUCACAACAACAAAAAAUAACAAGUGCAAAACAAAAUGAUAAAAAUCGUGAUGGAGAAAAUGAGAUAUUUAUUGAAACUGGAAAUGAAAAAACUAAAAAAAAUCGAAAUAAAGAAUUAAAAGAAACAAAAAAGGACAAAUGUGGACAUUUAUCACAAAAUAAUUUAAAUAGUAAAAUUGUAAACAAUAAAAAUAAUGUCCCAACUAAAAGUAAAAUAAAAGAGAUAAAAAACGGUGAAAAAAAAUAUGGAAGUAAAAUUGUAGAAAUAAGUAAUGAUUUACUAGAUAAGAUUAAAAAAAAGAAUGAUAUAAAUAAAAUGUCGAGGACAAGUACAAAAGAGCAAACAAAUAUUUUCCAGACCAAAUUCCCUGGAAACGAAUUUGAAUGCAAAAGUGAUUUAAUAACAAAUGAUAUUAAUUCAUGUGAAAUAAAAGACAAUAGUUCUAAAAUUUUAGAAAGAAAAAGAAGUAUACGCAAUGAAAUAUGUAUGGAGAUUGACUUUAUUACUAAACCAACAUCUGAUAAAAGUAAAAUUCUUUCUAGUCAAUAUUCACUUGAUAGAAAAAAACCUAUACAAAAUUUGAGAAAAAAAAUUCAUCGAUAUGCAAUGUUUAAUUGUAAAGGUGAAUAUGAAAAAUAUAAAAAAUCGUAUAUGUUUCCAAAUAAUAAAAAUAAUAAUUGGCAAAUAUAUGAUUCUUAUGGUAAUCCAUGGUGGUCAAAGUUCAAGGCAGGACCAUUAUCUAAAAAUUUAAAUCAACAGAAAAAUGAUGAAGAUUUGACAGAUGAUAGUUUAGUUAUAAAUACACAAGCACUUCUUCAAGUAAAAGAAAAACGUUUGGUAUAUCCGGAACCACAGGAAGAAAAUGGUUUUAGUGAUAUAUUUGGUCCAAUCAAAGAUUUAGCAUUAUGUAAUGAUACACAAUAUGGAAAAACUAAAAUUUGGUGGAUAUCAUUAAGGAAUGUUAUUCAAAUGAAUUUAUUGACUACUAAAGCAAAAAAAAUUCAAUUAAAAGAAAAUCUUCCCAAACUUCAAAAAACUGAUACAUUCAAUGAAAAAGAUCCAAUAACAAUUGUAAGAUAUAUAAAAGGAUUACCAAAAAAACAACAAAUUGCACAAAUUAUGAUGCAACAAUUUCCUGUACGUGGAUAA